UAGUGACGCGCUGGGGUCCUGGCUGGGUGACUUUGGUUCGCACUGCAGUGUAGGAAUCUGAAAGGACGGAGGAGACGCUGCAGCCGCCAUCAUGUUCCGUACUAUGCUCAGCCAUGCCAAGAAGCACCCCAGCUUAAUUCCCUUGUUUGUGUUCGUGGGUAUGGGUGCAGUCGGUUCUGCUGCAUAUGCUUUACGAGUUACCAUGACCAGCCCUGAAGUUUGCUGGGACAAGAAGAACAACCCACAGCCCUGGAACCAGAUGAGCCCCAACCAUCAGUACAAGUUCUACAAUGAGACGAUCGACUACAAGAAUCUGAAGAGGGAAGGACCUAAAUUCUAAGAAGUUCCCCAGUAUCUGCUUUUACGCCGCAAGCCGCCAGUCGCUGGAACUGUUUGCAUUCUGUCCAGGAACGCUAAUGCCAUUCCCUCUAUUUAACCAGAUCAGACCUGUUAAUUGAGUUUACACAGCUCUGUCUGCCUCGGUAAUGUGUUUAGUUGGGCUUAAUACAAUUAAACCAGUUUAAAAACGGAGUCUGUUUGUAAUGACGUGCAAUGAAUUAAAUCCUGUGGAUCUGUCCACCCA